AUGGGCGGCCGCCCAACAACAUCCCUCGACAUUCCAAUCUGCGCCGUCUUCCUUGCCCUGUUCAUCACCGGCGCAGCAAGCCACAUGACCCUCCUCCGUCGCAACCUGGCCAGAGGCCAUAAAUUCAUCCCAUCAGGCGUGACAUUCGGAUUCUGCAUGUCCCGCAUCAUCGCAAACAUCAUCCGCAUCGUCUGGGCUUGUUAUCCCACAAACAUUCGAGUCGCAAUCGCGGCACAGAUCUUCGUUGCUGCGGGUGUUUUACUCCUUUUCAUUUUGAACUUGUUAUACGCUCAGCGUAUGUUCAGAGCUGUAUAUCCAGUCCCUGGAUGGUCGAGGAUAUUAUCAUGGGCAUUCAAAGCGUUAUAUGUUCUCGUCGUGGUGACUAUUAUUAUGGUUAUUACGUCUGUUGUGCAGAGUUCGUAUACUCUCAAUUCGAACACGCUUCGUAUUGAUCGGGAUAUCUUGAUCUAUGGUCAGACUUAUUUCGCUAUCGUCUCGUUUCUGCCGAUUCCGCUUGUCUUGCUUGUUCUUCUGUCUCCGAACAGGAAGCAGAUUCAGCAGGUUGGGUCUGGGAGUUGGGUUGUUAAGGUCUUCAUUGUUGGACUUGUUAGCUCGUUGCUCUGUCUUGGGGCGUCGUUUCGUGCUGCGACGUCUUGGAUGCCGCCUCGGCCUGUCACAGAGCCGGCUUGGUAUCAUAGCAAGGCAUGCUUCUAUGUCUUUAACUUUACUAUUGAUAUUUUGGUCGUGGCUAUCUUCUUCGUUGGUCGUGUUGAUCAGCGAUUUUGGGUUCCAAAUGGAAGCUCGAAAGUGCGCCACUACAGACGAGAUGGAAGCAGUGAGAAGAAUGAGCAGGCUUCACAGGAUGGACUUUCUUUCUCGGGUGAUGAACGGGAUAUUGAGGGUAGUGGUGUGUCUGAGGGCGUGACUGAAGAAACAAAAUGA